UUGUUCUUCACUUUUGUUUUCAAUCUCUGGACUUUGCCUUCUGCCCUUUUUCUCCUCCUUUCUGUAUAUGGAUUCCAUACCCAUCUCUGGAAUCCGUAACACAACAAACCCACAACAAUGGCUUUUGAUUCAUACAUAACAAUAACUUAAAAACCCAAAAAAAUAAAAACAAAAACUCAAGAAACCCUUUUGCUUGUUCUUGCAAUUUUGGGUGUUUUGAAUUGUCAUGUAUAGAUCUGGAGCUGUGAUGGCUUGGAAUGUGUUCAAGUUCUGCACCGCCCUUCGUGGCCUCGGCUCGAUCAUGAUCUUGUUGGUCCUCGGCGUUGUCGGUGUCACCUAUUACGCCGUCGUUUUUUCCAACUACGGCCCUGCUUUGUACGAUGGUGGUCUCGACUCUCUCAUUGCACUCGCUGUCUUGAUCUUGUUUCAUGUUCUUUUAGUGAUGCUAUUGUGGAGCUACUUCAAUGUUGUCUUUACGGAUCCGGGUGGUGUGCCACCCAAUUGGAGACCUCUUGUGGAUGAGGAGAGAGGUGACACUGAUUCCUUGACGGGGCCAGAAUUCAGUGAUAUGCCGGCAGACCCAACAAACCAAAGGAUCCGGUAUUGUCGGAAGUGCAACCAACCGAAACCACCUCGGUGCCAUCAUUGUUCUGUUUGUGGGCGGUGUGUGCUGAAAAUGGAUCAUCAUUGUGUGUGGGUUGUCAAUUGUGUUGGGGCAUUAAACUAUAAGUAUUUCCUUCUUUUCCUGUUCUACACGUUUCUUGAAACAAGUGUUGUGGCUUUAUCAUUAUUACCGCAUUUUAUAGCGUUCUUUAGUGAUGAAGAAUUACCUGGGACACCGGGCAUGCUUGCAACAACUUUUCUUGCCUUUGUGUUAAACCUAGCUUUUGCAUUGAGCGUUAUGGGUUUUCUGAUUAUGCACAUAUCAUUGGUGUCUGGUAAUACCACAACUAUUGAGGCAUAUGAAAAGAAGACAACUCCAAAAUGGCGAUAUGACCUUGGUCGAAGGAGGAACUUUGAACAGGUGUUUGGGAUGGACAUGCGAUAUUGGUUCAUCCCAGCUUAUUCAGAAGAAGAUUUACGAAGGAUGCCUGCACUUCAGGGUCUUGAAUAUCCAUCAAAACCCGACUUGGAUGCUCAAGAGUUCUAAGGACCAUCGACUUUGCCUCCAAAGACCCCAUAACUUGUUCUUUACCCCACUAAAUUAAUUGAGUCGGCUGUAACUGAAUUUGGGGUCCAAACCAUCUGUCUCAAUUGCAUUUCGCAGAAUAGCAGUUUCGUUAGACACAAAGAUCAAUGUGCGCAAUGGAGCAGCUCAGGUGUAACAACACGUGGAUCGCUGGGAAUUGGGGGCUUGAUGGCUAAUGCUGAUGUUCUUGUAGAUUCUAUGUAUUUCACGAGAAAUGUAGAAUUAAUGCAAAAAAUGGUGUUGGUUGUGAUGUUACUUCGUUCGAAAAUUGUUUAUACAGGCUAAAUUUGCUUCUGAGAUUGGGAUUAUGUACAAAUUAGAUUGUCAGCCCAGUGUAAGCGGCAUUUUUUUAUUUGUCAAUGCAAUUAGCAUUUUGUUUUGGAAGAUGGGUAAGGGAUCACAUUCCUUGUUGAAUGAGUUAUGAUGAGUCAUGUUUAUAGUUAGUUUUACAA